AUGAGUAGCCGAGGGCCGAAUCUCAGUGAGUAUCAGCAGGCUCUAGGAGUCCCACCGGGCAUGGGCCACCUCACUGAGGAACAUCGGCAUUUGUGGGAAGAGCUCUUUCGGAGGCAUCCCGCCAUGAUGGUAUUCCCAGAGGAACGAGAGUGGGCUCUUGCCAUCAAGCAGGCUGCUGCGGAAGACCCCGAGCUACUGCCACUGAGCGACCUAGAGUACUAUCAAUACGCCGUUGUCACGCAGGGUAACGUGGCCAAAUCCCUGCAGAGAAUGCGAGGUAUGCAACUGUUUCGCCAAGAAUACGGGAUCAACGAUACCAUCGAACAGGCGAAUGAAUUGAUACACGCCCUGUUGGUCCAACAGCCCGGUUUACUAUUGAGUGUCGACAAGGCCAAGACUUCGCCUCAGCAGCAGGGUCAAAUGGCCACCAUUGAUGCAGCACAACGAAUGUUGGCCGACCUUCAAUCUCAUUAUCUCAUGGUAUUUGAUUUUGCCAAAAUCAAUCCCAAAAACGUUAGACUCCCCAAGGACAAACGAGACUUGCUGGGAGCUUUGUAUUAUCUUCAUCAAUCCACUCAAAUUUCCCCCCGGUCAAUCCGAAACGGCAUACUGUUCAUUGCCGAAUGCGAUGGCAUGUCCUUUGAAAAUGUUAGUCUGGACUUUGUAGGUCCCAUAUGGAGAGAGUUGAAGCUCCACUAUCCCGUCAUUUUGAAAGAGAUUAGUUGGCUCCGGGCUGCCACAGCUGCCACCGUCAUGUACGGACUCUGCAAGCACUUUUUGCCACAAGAAGUCCAGAACAAGGUCAAUUUGGGUUGCGAGUUUGAAGCCUUUGAUGGGCGGCUCGAUGAAUUGUUCCUGACACAUCGUACGCAGGAAGAAAACAACUUGUGGAUUUUGCAGAGAGCAGAGACCAACUUGAGAGAGAGAGAUCGAACAGCCAGACUGCUUCUGUUGGCAUAG